AUGGAAGCGAAGAAAGGUCGAAUUAGUAACAAUUCCAAAAAGAUACGGCUUCACACGAUCGAACCCAAUGAAGUACUGCUACCCACUGAAGAAAGUUUGGAAAAUGGAAAUGAAUUAAGUGAUCCUAUUGUGAUGGAUCAUGGUUCGUCAGAUAUAAUUAAACAACCGGACACUCACUCUCCUAUUAAGCUACAUUUGGACUACGCUGGAACGAUUAAAGAUGUGUAUGAGAAUCAAUCUUUAUUAUCGAAUAAACUCACUGAUAUUGAAAAAGCUGACCUGGACCCAGUCAAGCUUUUAACUAUGGGCGCGGAAAAUGAGAGGAAGAUUAGAGGAGUUUUGAAAAAGAAAACUAACAGUAUUAAACCUGGGGCGGUAAAGGAAAUCACAGCGUGUCUGGAUGCCUUGAAUUUUGGCACUCGUUCGGGUAUGGGUCUUCACAUCAAGCGUGCUCACCCCGUCUUCUUCAAUGAUAAUAUUAACACGGAUCGGAAGAAGGAGCGUUGGACUAGAGAGGAGCUUCAAUUACUAGCUCUGAAUGAAGCAUCACUGAUCGCUCAAGGAGGAAAUGUAAGGAUUCGGGACCUUGUCGAUAUGCAACCCGGUAGGUCUAUAUGGAGUAUACGAAAGGCUAGAACAAAAGAACAAUACCAGGAUCUCCUUCAGAGAGUCAUGGAAGGACGUAACGAUGAAGCCGCAGAUCCUAACCCAGCUGUUGCCAUAAAUAAUGGCACCACGGAUAAGCAGGAAUUUCUGAAAGCAGCCAGAAACUUAUGCCAGGAGAUAACUGAUCCUAAUUCAGUAUUGGCUUCACUUUUGGAGAUUGCAGAGGAGGAGGAAGACAUUUCGGAAUCUCUUAACGCAUGGCUCGAUUCAGUGGUGAAUGUGAAAAGCAACAUUUCAAAUGAAUCUGGUGAAAGAUCAUUGCCCGCUAAUUCUACUGGAGUCAAAAAACUGCCACCCAUCAACUCAUUGGUUGACAGACUACGCGGCUCCGAUAACCGGACGGACCUUCAUACAGACGGUAAGAACUCAUAUAAAUGCCCUCGCGACCCGAGUGAGAUUAUCCAGAGGACCGAUAAAAGCGGCGAAAACAAGGACAGUAAAGAGGAAGACAUGGAGCUGUGCGCAGCACCUGUGAGGCCACAGCCCGCCGAAGUCAAGCCGAUGGAGAGCUUCACCGAGCAGUACUUCAAGACCGAUGUCGAGAGCAGGGGGGCAGAGAGCAUCGUCAAGUCCACCGAGUCUUGUCUCAGUGAUGUGCAAUGUGUCAGGACCGUGGAGGAGAAAACAGAAAUAACCGAGGAGAUGUGCUCUAUAAAGACAAGUCUAGUAACAGAAAAGAUACAAUCCUUCUCAGAAAGUUUUCAGGCAUCUCUAAAGCUCAACGAAAGGGUAGACUCCUCCAACGACACGUGCAACCUCGAUAUCGAAAAAAUUGUUCAAUCCGAAGCAGUCGCUAUUGAAAAUGAUUUAGCCGAAGAGGCUGCGAAAGAUCAAAAAGAUGAAGAAAUUCAAUCAGAUCCUAAUGAAGAAACUACAUUAGAUAUAAAAGAGAAAAAUAAAGACGAAAUCAAGGUUCAAAAUGAAAAUAACUCAUUUAUCGAGAAUGAGCAAGAGAAGGCUACUUCCGAAGAAGUCGUAUGUAAUGAAGCUGAAGAGAACAAGAAAGAGGUGGACGAACCUUAUACAGAAACAGAAAACGCAUCCCCCAAAACUGAAAGAGACGAUAUCAAAAACUCUCAAAGUGAGACGAAAAAAACAGACAAUUCUCUCUAUCCGACGGUGGUGGUCAGGAAAGAGGACGGUAGGGAUGUGGAAGCGAUAGAAUGUAAAGAGAUCAAGAAGGAAGUGCGAAUCGUGGAACCACUGGACGUGCGGAGGAGGAGCUCGGGCUUUGUGGCCGAACGGGACAUCACGAGCAUUCUCGAGGACGCGAACGCUGUGCUGAGCCAGGUGGCCGAGCCGCGCUUCCAGGCCGAACCGUCCGAGCUGCGCGUGGCCGUGGUCGGCGCCGGCCCGGCCGGGCUGUGCGCCGCGCGGCACCUCGUCAGCCGGGGCUUCAGGGUGGAAGUGUACGAGCAGUGCCCCGACAUCGGCGGCACCUGGGUCUACUGCGAGGAGCCCGCCUCCACCGGCAGCCACCCCUACCCGCUUCACUCCAGUCUCUAUCACGACCUCUGGACCAAUUUACCAAAGGAAGCUAUGCGUUUUCCAGAUUUUGAUUAUCCUGACGAUGGCACCUCAUAUUUACCCUCAGAAAAAAUUUUACAGUACUUGGUUGACUAUGCAGAUCACUUCAAUUUGCAUCCGGCAAUCAAGAUAAAACAUCAAGUAAAAAGAGUUGCUCCAGUUGGAAAAGGUUGGAGUGUUACAGUAGAAGACUUAACAACAAACAAAGAAGAUGUGUCUUAUUUUGAUGCUGUUAUGGUUUGCUCAGGGCCAAACAAUGUACCGGUCUAUCCAUUAAUUGAAGGCAUUGCUAAAUUCAGUGGUAAACAAAUUCACUCCAGAGAUUAUAGAAGAGCAGAAACAUACACAGGAAAACGAGUUUUGAUUGUAGGUCUUGGACCUUCUGGUUUGGACAUCACUUAUCAACUGGCCAAAACAGCAAAACAGGUAAUUCUGAGCCACAACAAAACAAAAACUCCAGAUAUGGAAUUUCCUCAGGAUGUGAUAUUAAAACCUAAAGUUGCAUCCCUUUUUGAUAAGACUGUUACAUUUGCUGAUGGAACAACAGAAGAAGUUGACGUGGUGAUCUAUUGUACAGGUUACACUUACAAUUUCCCAUUCCUCACAGAGGAUUGUGGUAUAAUAGUUGACCAGUAUGUAGGGCCUUUGUAUAAACACCUUAUAAACAUUGAACGCCCGACCAUGUGCAUCGUUGGCCUCCCUAAGUAUUGUCCUCAUCAAUACAUGGUGGACUAUCAGGUCAGGGCAUAUUUAAACAUUUUACUUGGAGAAAGUAAAAUACCAUCAAAAGAAGAAAUGGUGGCUGAUCUUGAAUCCGACAUAGCACUUAGGAGUUCAGAAGGGCAGAGAAAGAAGGAUUAUCAUAAAUUGAGCAAAGUUAGAACUCAACAGUACAUGGACGAUUUGGCCAAGCUCGGAAAUUUAGAUCAAGUGGAACCUGUAAUGUUCAAGCUGUUUCAUGAUGCUUUCUUCAGAGCCAUAAAAGAUUUUAAAGGAUUUAGAAACUAUGUAUACAAAAUUAUAGAUAACGAAAACUACGAAAUACACAAGAUAGAUGAAAAGGAUAAGUAAAAGAAAGUUUCAGAAAAUUAAAUCAAAUACUCAGAAAAAAAUAAUAUUGAUAGGUUAGUUAUUUGAUAGAGAAAUCGGUGAUUCUAAGUCAUCACUUUGUAAUUUAAUUUUAAUGUAGAAUUAUUAAUAUUUUAGAGUUAGUGAAGUACUCUCAUAAUCUUUAAACAGUAAUUAUUAAAAUAUUUGAGUAGUAUUAUAAAUUUUAAUUUAAUUACUUUUCACGUGUUUUAGUAUUGAUGCAAACUUAUUUUGGUUUGAUUGAACACUUCAGAUUACUUUACUUUAUCUUUUAGCCCGUUAUUAAUUUAUUUUAAAAAAUCGGAUAUAAAUAUAAUUCAUUGAAGUAAAAUAAUUUAGUAAAGAACUUUAUUUUUUAUUUUGCAUGCGAUAGCAUCCUUUUCAUAUAAGGUCUCAACAUCAAAUAUCCAAAUUUAUUCAAUUUUAUUAAAUUUGUAUGGAAUUAAUAUAUUUCUCCUUGAUAAUUUGUAAAAAGUAUAUAAAUAACAUUUGAAUUCAACUGACCAGUUUCUUAAACGUAAUAUUCUUUGAGAAGGUGCUUUUCCAAAAGGUAUAUGCCAUCUUUAAAUGGGGGAUUUCAUUAUCCCAUUUUCUUACUUUGCUAUUUGAAGAAAAAGUAUUACGUGUGAUUAGUUGAUUUUAAAUAUCCCAAUCCAAUGUAGCUUAUAUAUAAUAUCUCUGUACAUUAAAUUAUCCAUGACGCCCAUGGAUUAUGUUGUCUUGAAUUUAAAUAGAGUUAGAGAUAAAAAAAAAUUCAAUUGAAAUCUCAUUUUAGAAUUUCUUGAGAUAUGUACUCUUUUUGGACUGCACCUUCUUCUGUCAGAAUCUUAGUGUUAUUUAAAAUGAGUUAGAUAUUAUGUUUAAAAUAUGUUAUACCGGAAAAUCAGGUUUUAGAAGUAAAUCAAUUUGAACUACUGUUAUUUAUUUUUAUUUACAAUUUGUAUUCAUUUUAAAGUAGCAGAAAACAAUACACUAAAUUAUUCUGGAAACAAAUGAAUAGUCAUUGAUUGAAUUACAAAAAAUUUAAUGAUCUGAAACUUUUGUCAAUAGGAUUACUACAUAUAUUGUUUUAAUAAAUAUUAUGUGAGUAUUAUAAAUUUCUAAAUAUUUGUAAAUAAUGUUUUAUCAUAAACAAAGACUGAUUUAAAUUAUGGUUAAGACUAUUUAGUAGGAUAGCAAGUGUUGCCUCUAUGUAUAUCACCACGAAUGUGUCAACUAAGAAUGCCACUUAUCAUAAAAGCAUUUCAAAAAUUAUAAUUACUAAUUAGUAAAUAUUAUACAUAAUGUAGAGAUCAUAUUUUUAAAUUAUACUUUAAUAGUUACAUUUCAUAUUUAAACUUAAUUCUGUGUUAAAAAAUUAAAUAUAUUUAACAAAAAAAUUAAUUUUUAUGUAUUUAAAUGGAUCAUUGACCUUUUCUCCUGAUUAUAUAAUGAGAACAAGAUAAUGUAUUUGUCUACAUCACAAUAGCUUCCGUGCUCAGUGACUAAUCAAUAAAUCAGGAAAAAUGUUUUAUAUAAAUUUUGACUUGUAUUGUUAUUUUAAAUUUGUGUUUUUUAGUUAUUAAUAUUAUUAUUAUAUUAUUAAUUGUAUUUGAUGUAAUAAAAAUAUGUCAAUGUUGUUUGAAAGGAAUCAUUAAGGUGUGAUGUUUUGAAAGAUUUCCUUGACUUCUAUCAUUCCCUCAACCCUUUUUAGAUAUAAAGAUCAUAGAUAACAUUUAACUAUUGAAAAGUACAUAAAAACAACAACAUUAUAAUGGAAUAAAAAUAAAUAAAUAAAUGCAAGUCUCAGAACAAAUGUGGAUAAAAUAGAUAUUUUUUGUAGUAGAACAAUUAUUUGUAGAAAUCACAUGUGAUUGUAAUAUAUUGCCUUUGAAUUUAUUGUAUUUAUGGAUAGAAAUAUUUAAAAAAAAAAAAAGAAAGAAAAAAUGAAAGAACUAGUGAUGACCAGAUUUAUAAAGUACAUAUUUAAGUAAUUAUAUUUUCACAAAUAUGUAACAAAAAAUGAGAAAUAUGAAGAAUAGAUAUCCUGAACACUAAUUAAAAAAUAAAUAAAAGGUCUAACAAUACUUACACAUAAGUUAGUAUUUAAAAUCAGUAAUAAUUUAAGGGGAUGGAUUAAAUAUAAUUAGUUUCAAUAUUAGGUUUGCUGGUCUCUAUCUAUGCUAGUUAAGAACUUGAAUUCUUGUUGAAUUAAAAACUUGCGUAGGUCCAAACCUCUGUGAGACUAAUAAAAUCGUAUAGAAAAAUGAUUAAUAAAAUAUUUUUUUUGGAAGGCAAAAUCCAAAAUCACCUAACAUUUGAUAUAGUUAGAAUAAAACAUCCCAAUCUAGUCAAUAGUUGGAAACAAAACUUUCCAACAAUUUCAAAGGAUGGAAAAAUUCUAAAUAAUUUCUAAAGUUGAAACAAAACUCCUGCAACAUUAAUUUAAAACAUUACAAUAUAUUUAAUUUGUACAAAUAUAAAAUUAAUUCCAUCAACUCUUUUGGAUUUACACUUUUCUCUGACCUGUUGCGAAAGUCAGCACUUACUCAUAAUAUACUCAUAAUAGUAUCACAAGUAUAAUUUUUUUUCUCAAACACAAUGUUGUAUCGAUAAAGUUUCAAUAUUUUAACUUCCAAUAUUUAACUGAAAGUCCUUUUUUUUUUAUUUAUUGGAAUAAUAAUAAUACAAUCUGCCACAAUCAAGGGUAUUGGGCAGUAAGGCUUUAGUGUACAUUCAUACUAUUAUAUACAAAUUGAGAAAAAAGAAAUAAGAAGAAAACAUCUAAGUAAAAACUAUAUACAAUAUAAUAAUAACAAAAAUAUACAAUACUUGUAAAAAGAAAAAGAAAAAUACAUUAAAAGGAUCAUAAAAAAAAAAAAUAAAUUACUUGUCAUACAUAUUUACAAUAUUUAUGUACAGCCUGGUGAACCCUGAAACAUGCUUUGCCGCUGUCAUGUGAAAGGCAAAGCAGAGCUCAAAGAGAUCCCAGCGCUUCUCUCCCAGUUGCAUCACUGUUUGAAAGUAAAUGGAGGAUGAGUGAGAAUGCUAACGCCAUAUACACUGAGGACUUGAGCGGAGAAGCUAGUUCUAGCCACUGCCAGAUCUCAAAUAGCGUAUUUACAAAGGUCUCGGGGCCAUUGCCGUUUCAACCUUCGUGGAGAAUUAUAUGGAUUGUUGGAGCUGGGGAGGGAUUAGGAUGAUGGAUAAGUUUUUGAUUGACGUUAUAAAAUCUGGAUGGAAUUAGGUCAAGGACAAAUGGGAUGUUGAGAUCAUGAUGUAGGGUUUUAUUUGAGACAUAGUAUGGAGCAUUGACUAUUGUUCGAAGAACUUUGGGUUGAAAGGAUUGGAAGUGUUUCAUGUUCAAAGAAUUAGCUGUCCCCUACAGUUCGAGUCAAUAGAUCCAGAUGGGUUUCAGUGUGGUCUUGUGUAUUAGUAGUUUGUUUUAAAUUGAAAUAUGUGAAUUUCUGUUCAGUAGCAAGAACAGCCCUGGAAGGAACAAUUGAAAAGAUCAGAUCUAAGGAUUAAAUAUAAGGAUUGGGGCAAAUGGAUUUUGAGUUUGAAAAGCAAGCCAUCAAGCCAAACCCGUCCAAAGCCUGAGCUACGCCCAGAAAGGCACUGGUGCAAUAUUGCUUGUUUUCAAGUGGGGAGGAUAUGUGAUCAACAAUCAUCUUGAAUUGUGUCUUGUUGAGCUGUGGAAUGUCCUGAGAAGAAACCAAAAGUAGAAGUAGCUUUUAUGGCAGCUUUAUAAUGAUGAUGAAUUUGUGAUGAUAACUGAGUUGAAAUAUGUUUAUUAUCCCAAAAAUCAUUGACUUGUCAAUAUUUUACACAAUUAUGGCAAAACAAAACAUAAUUAUCUCUCUCAAAAGUUUCAUUGGAUAAUACAUGAAUGUAUGUUGACAAUAUGGCUUUAGAGAUUGAUUUGACUUUUGGUUUUUAACAGAUUAAACAAAGUAACUUAACUAGCAUUUAUCUUCAAGUGCAAUGUAAAAAAUAUUAAAAAUUAAAUUAAAAAGGGAAACUACUUUGUAACUUCACAAUAGAUCCAAUUUGAAAGAGUUUUUGGCUCAGGAGCCUAGCUCAUGUGUUAAGAUACUUUUCUUCAAUGUAUUCUUAAUUUUUUAUUUUAAAUAGGAAUUUCCUUUGUGGACUGAAAAAGAAUGAUGAUACAUGUAUACAUAGAUAUACACAUAUAUAAAAUUAUAUCAUAUAUAUAAUAUCAUACAUAUAUAAAAGUAUAAAUACACUAAAUAUUAAAAAAUAUGUAAGAUCGAAAUAUGUGAAACAGAAGAUACUUUAUUUGCUUUUAAAUUGUAUCAGAUUAAAAACAAUACCACAGUUGUAUAAAAUAUUUUAUUUACUUAUCAGUACUUUACACCAAUUGAUAAAUUUAAUGAACUAAAAAUUAAAAUAAAUUAUAUUUACAAAUUAAGUAGUAAUUCAUAAUUUAAAUACAUUAAUUCUUAGAAUUAAUUAAUAAUUGUUCUUAUUGGUAAGGUAAUUAUUUAAAAGUUUGGCUAUGCUUUGCCGACAUCUGAAUUAUACAAUUAUCAAAAUAAAUUGUACAUCCAAUUAUAAAAUCAGGACUAAAAAACCAGUCAUUCAGAAUUAUUUAUUGCAAUUUACUGUUCACAAGCGGCCUAGUCUUACAUUAAGCUGUGACAUUUAUUUUUAUUAAUUUACGACAAUUAUGAUAAAUCAAAUAAUUUAUAUAGUUUCUGUUUGAAAAAUAUUAAUUAAUUUGCAUUUUAGUUUCUCUUAAUGAUUGCAAAAACCAUGUUAGUUAAUAUAAAACAAGUAAAAAAGUAAAAUUGGUCAUACCUUACAAAAAUGUUAUUAAACUUAAUUCUAUCAAUCUAUAGGAAACCAUAAAUGGAAUAAGUAAUAAACUGAUCUAUUAACAUUACGUUAAUACAUUCCAAUAGAAGUGGUCGUUGUUAUAAUACUUCACAAUAAUGUUAAUUUUAAUGGAUUUAUUUCUUCAUCUAUUACAACUCUCUAACUAGAUAUCUUUUUCUUAUAACUAUUGUUUUGUUCUUUAUAGCUAGGAGUGGAUUUAUAUGUGUGUCUAUGUGUUUUAUAAUCUUUUUGUGAUUUCAUUUAAAAAAAAUCAUGUAACAUUAAGAUAGUAAUAUUUGGAAGCUAAUUUUGUAUUUUUUGAAAAACAUAUUUGGAUUUCGUAUAUUUCACUGGAUUUGAAACAAAUGACUUAUACAUUUUAAAAUAAAAGUUAAUAGGAUUUAUUAUGAAAUCCUAAAAAACACUUAUAAAUAAUUUUUGUUGCCAUCUUGUUUACUACAUUUGAAAGAGCAAAACGGAUAAAGACUGAUCAAAUUUUGAUAUUUAAAUGGUGUCAAUCAUUUAGAAGACAUAACAAUUUUAAUAUUAAAAAUAUUAAAUGUAAUAAUAUAUUGAGCUCUAAAAGGGUAAUUAUGAUCACUGAAUUAACAUAAAAAACUCUUUAGAGAAGAUUUUAAUACAAAUAGAAGGAUAGUGUUGGGUCUGAUCGUUUGUUGUGGUAAAUUAAAGGAACGUUUUUAGGCAAUGAGUUUUAAUUUUACUUGCACCUAACCUUCAGCUUUGUUAGACAUUGAUAUUAUUAUUAUUAAAAAUUGAAUUUCAUUAUGCAUACUGUCAAAUUUGAUUACAUUACACAACUAUAAAUAAAUUAAACAAAUAUAAAUAUACAUUCAUGUUUUUAUUACAUAUAAAUUCGGCCCUUAGUUAUAAUAUAAAUUAACAAACUGACAAAGUGUUACUAGAACUCAAAUUAUAUAACAGAAUUUCUAGCCUUGUAAUAUUGGUCAUUAAAUAGUCUAAAACCUAGAAUUAUUAUUUUAUUUACAUCACUUUAUAGAUAUAAAAUUGAGAAAAUUAAUAAAUUUCUCUAGUACUAUCAAUCGUACCACAGUGACAUGACGGGUUAUUAUGAACAUGUUCGACUGGUUUUGCCGUGAUUUCUCGGAGGUCCACAACUGUAAAAUUAUCUUCAUCAAUGAUUCUGUAGAAAUUAUUUCUAAAAUUUUUGAAAUCUGAGAAUAUUUUAUCAUAUCCAUGAAAGAAUAUACGCAGCAAGAUCUCAGGCAUAGGUGUAAGUCCAGCAGCCUUGCAUAACUUCUGCAUGUAUGCUGGAUUCCUUUCUCCCAAAUUGUGGUAGUCUGCCUUUCUAACACCAUUUUCUUUGAAAGUUUGUUCUUCCAUCCUGAGUUCUUUAAGCAUCAAUUCUUUACUAGGUAACAAUUCUGGUUGGAUCAAAGUUUUGAGAAAAUAUCUCACCUAAAAUAUGAUAAAGAUCUCAGAAAAUAAUAUCUAUAAAUGAAAGAAAUAGAAACUUACACUAUGGUCUAAUUUUUUAUUCAUUUCAUGACUUAUUAAGAUUAAUUUGUAUUAAUUUUACUGAUUUACUUAUUAAUCUUACCUGGAGAUCAGUCAUAUAGAAUAUUGGAGUGAUUUUAAAUAUUCCUAAAAGGGCCAUCGUUUGAUGAUGGAUGUUGAUAGUACUGUUAUAAAGAGGAGAAACAUAGUUUUCAUCCACAGUAAUACCACAGUCUUUGCUAAGAAAUGGAUAGGUGUAUA